AUGCUGGACCGACGAACACUUUACUGCAUAUUGCUACACUUAUUCUGCGGAAAAGUUCUUGCUUAUAGUGCAGUAUUUAAUCCGUGUGCUUCGCGAACUGAGAUGACGGAAAACGAAGCCCACCAAGUGAUGGAAAACUGGCCAGAUCCUCCAGUCGAUCGGGAUAACAAGUGCUUUCUAACAUGCGUCCUUUUGGAAUUGGGACUGAUUGAUGAUCUGGGGAAUGUGCAGAUCGACAAGUACAUGAAAUCCGGAGUUGUGGACUGGCAAUAUGUGGCAAUCGAGUUGGUGACGUGUCGCAUAGAAUUCUCUGAUGAAAAGGAUCUGUGUGAGCUGUCAUAUGGACUCUUCAACUGCUUCAGAGCUGUGAAGCUGGCGACCGAAAGGAAUUCUUCAGUUAGUAAUGCAAAAUAG